AUGGCCUCCUACAUCCUCCACCUGCCCUUCCGCCGCACCCAUUCGGUCACGCUCGCCGACGCCAUCAAGCAGUAUAUCUCCAGCAAAUAUGACCAGCACCCAGACAUGUUCACCCAGGACCUGGAGGCCAUCGAUGCCCUGCGUUCCGGUGCCAUCCAUGCCGUCGAGCCCCACCACAGCGGCGUACGCAAGCUGCAGGCAUACGCCGCCCAGCUGGUGUGGAUCGGCGGGAAAUUUCCCGUCGAUAUAGGCGUCGACUUCUCCUGGUUCCCUGCCCUAGGCUACAACACUCAGCGUCCCGUGCUAGAGAACAAUGUGCGCUUCGAGCUGGCCAAUGUGCUGUUCAACUUGGCCGCCAUGUAUUCGCAGCUGGCUACCUCGACGAAUAGGACGACGACCGACGGCCUCAAGCAGGCAUGCAACCACUUCUGCCUCGCCGCCGGCGUCCUGUCACACCUCAAGGUCCACGUCGUGCCUGACAUGCGCUCGAGCCCGCCUGAAGACAUGGACGCCAUGACUUUGGAGAGUCUGGAACACCUGAUGCUCGCUCAGGCGCAAGAGUGCUUCUGGCAAAAGGCUGUGAAGGACGGGCUGAAAGACGCCUCUAUAUCCAAGCUUGCCGCCAAGGUCUCGGACCUGUACUCGGAUGCCAGCAACUGGGGGAUCAAGUCGGAUGCAGUGAGCAGCGAGUGGAUCCACCAUAUGAGUGCCAAGCACCACCACUUCGCUGCAGCCGCACAAUAUAGGGCUGCUCGGGACUGUUUGGAGAAACGUAAAUAUGGCGAGGAGGUUGCCCGGCUGAGAGACAGUCUGACCUGUGCCAACGAGGCUCUAAGGGAGGCUCGCUACAUUAACCGUACAGUGUUGGGAGACCUGAGUGGCCUGAAAAAUCGGGUUACAGAAGACUUGAAGCGAGCCGAGAAGGACAAUGACAUGAUCUACUUGCAGCCCGUUCCGCCAAAGCCUGAGCUGAAGACAUUGGACAGAGCUACAAUGGUGGCCGCCAAAUCUCCAAAGGAAGUAUCAGAUCCCUUGUCAAUGCUUGGUGAGAACGGGGAGCUUGGCAGACCUCUGUUCUCGAAACUUGUCCCGUACUCCGUCCACAUCGCUGCCAGUAUCUAUGCCGACCGCCGAGAUCAAUUGGUGGCCAAAACCAUCAACGAGCUGGAAGGACUCACCGCGAGGAUACAUGAGGUGCUCAAGAGCUUGAAUCUCCCGGGGUCUCUCCAGGCGCUUGAGAAACCCCUGGGGCUACCCCCGGGACUUGUUUCACAUGCGGAGGAAAUUCGUCAACAAGAUGGCCUGGAUCGCCUUUAUCGUUCCAUAGAUGAGACGGCAAAACUAAAAGAGCAAGACAAUGCGGUAUACCAGGAAGGUGUUGACAUCCUUCAUCAAGAGGCGGCGGAGGACGAGCGGGCCAGGAAGAAGUACGGCACGGACCGUUGGAACCGCCCGUCCUCGGCUGACGCAGCACCUAAACUGUACGUUCAAGUCAAGGAGAUCGGCGAUUAUCUAAAGUCUGCGGUCAACAGCGACCAAAUAGUUCAGGGUAAGAUCAAGGAAAAAGAAAGCCACAUCCGGCUCCUUUCCGGUACCGACCAUGAUCUGGAGCAGUUUGUUCCGAGCAGUCGACGGGUGACGAUGACUGCAGCUGUUGAAAGGGAGGCGACAAAUCUCAGGGGCUGCCUCAACGAGGUUAGCAGGCUGGAGAGCAGGAGGAAGCGCAAGAUUGAGGCGCUGAGGGCAAAGUCUAGGCAGGACGAUAUCAACCCAGACCUGCUCAAGGAAACCUCUCGGCUCGAGCGGGAGUACCCGAUGCAAAACAUUGAGGCGGUACAGUUUGAGGAUCUCUUCGAGCAGCGUCUCCACAAGUACGAUGCCGACGACGACAUGGUCACCGAGGAAGAUCAGGAGCAGCAGGCCAUCACGCAGCGCCUCGAGGAAGCGAACGCGGCGUUUGUCACGGCGCGGCGGGGAGAUUCGUCGACUCGGCAGCGCGAGCAAGCACUGCAGCAGCUGGAGAACGCGUACUUCAAGUACAAGGAAAUCAUUUCGAACCUUGACACGGGACGGAAGUUCUACAACGACCUGGCCAAGAUAUGCGGGAAGUUCAGGAACGACUGCCGGACCUUUGCGUACCAGAGAAGGGCGGAGGCCACGCAGCUCGAGAGCGAUCUCUCGACGGCAAUGUCAUCGUUGCACCUGCAGCAAGCCAAUGCGCUGCAGGAGCAGCGGCAGGCGGAUCAAGAGAGCCGGCCGUACCCAGCGCCGACACACGCGGGCCAGCCGGCAAUACCGGCGCCGACGCCGACGCGAGCAUCGGUGGCCAUGGGCCCUACCAAUGGCAUGUGGACGCCGGACAUGCCCAUUCGCUUCGGGGCAACGCAGGGCGGGGAGGGCAAGCAGGUGCAGGCGGCGGACGCGCGGUGGGACCCAUCCAAGGGAAUGAAGUUUGCGUGA